GAGGAGAGAAAGGUUUAUAUUCGUGAGACACCAACAACUCCAGCCUCUGUACCAUUUGUAUCAAUGGCAGAAAUGAUGAAAAGAUUUCAGUCCAGUACUAGAGAUCUAGCACUGCCUAGCAUUGCUUCUCAUACAAAACCCAAACUUACAUUGACUAGGCCUAAGGAGCCUGAAUUUGAGACAUCUCAGCGCAUUCGCCCAACCAGGGUGAAGAGUAGUGCAGAACUUGAGGAAGAAUUGAUGGCUAAAAUUCCAAAAUUCAAGGCUCGACCAUUGAAUAAGAAGAUUUUGCAAACUGCAACUUUGCCUCCUAUUCCAAGAAGUACACCUCAGCCACCAGAAUUUAAGGAAUUUCGUUUGGAAACUUUGGCUAGGGCCCAUCAGAAUGCAGAUACUGUUUCAAUAGCUUCAACAGAUGUGUCUUAUAAGGGGAAUUCAUGGAAGCCUCAUCACCUUACAGAACCAAAAACUCCAUUACUCCAAACAUCACUAAGAGCCCGCCCGCCCAAGGUGAAAAGCUCGUUAGAAUUAGAGCAAGAGGAGCUUCAAAAUAUCCCUAAAUUCAAGGCAAAGCCUCUAAAUAAGAAGAUCUUUGAAAGUAAAGGGGAUAUCGGAAUAUUCUGCAAUACCAAGAAGCAUGUUACUGAACCUCAAGAAUUUCAUUUUGCCACAGAUGAAAGGAUUCCACCACCUGCUUCUUCCGUGGCUGAUUUAUUUGGCAAGCUUUCUUUGAAGUCUGAACCUGAACGUAACCAUAACCCAAUUAAAAGAAACACAACUCCAAAUCCAUUUCAUCUCCACACAGAGGAAAGAGGUGCCGAGAAAGAGAAGAAACUGAUCAUGGAACUUCUGCACAAAGAAUUGGAGGAGGAAAUAGCUAGGAUUCCCAAGGCUAAUCCAUACCCUUACACCACCGAUUACCCUGUGAUCCCACCAAAACCAGAACCAAAGCAAUGCACAAGACCAGAGCCAUUCCAAUUGGAGAGUUUGAUGAAACAUGAAGAAGAAAUGCAAAAGGAACAGGAAGAAAGACAGAGAAUAGAAAGAGAAGAGGCCCAGAUGAGAGAGUUUAAAGCACUACCAAUCUUAAAAGAGGACCCAAUCCCUCUUCCAGAGAAGGUCCGCAAACCUCUCACACAAGUUCAGGAAUUUAGUUUACAUAUGAAUCAUCGAGCUGUGGACAGAGCACAAUUUGAUGAAAGGAUUAAAGAAAAAGAAAUGGUGUACAAACGAUACAGAGAGGAGAGUGAAGCAGCAAGAAUGAUAGAGGAAGAGAAAGCUUUGAAACAAUUGCGUAGGACGAUGGUUCCUCAUGCUAGACCAGUUCCAAAAUUUGAUCAUCCUUUUUGUCCCCAAAAGUCUUCCAAGGACAUAACGAAACCCAAGUCACCAACUUUGCGUAUACUCCAGAGAAAGGAAAGACGAAAGGUAUUUAAUGGAACAGUACUCUCGAGUCCUGCCUCUAACAUGAGAUGAUGGUCAAGUUUUUUCAGUGUUCAAGAACUCUUGAAUCCUCUCUAAGCGGUCUUGUUUGUGUAACCCUCUCCAAGUGAUGAUGUGUCUGUGUAAUACUUCUCAUAGCUCCUUCUAAAAAAACCCAAUUCUUUGAUGUAUAUUUUCCUAAAACAUGUUAAAUAUGUAUUAGUUUAAGCAUCACACACACUGUGAUGUCAUCAUCAUUAACAAGUGAUAUUUUUCUUUGCAGAUUAAUAAUGUUAAUU